CUUUCACCUUCUAACAACAGUCACACAGAGGAGACACGAUGGGUGCAGGAGAGGUGAUUUACACGGUGGUGGAGGUGCUCAUCGCUGUCAGCUGCUGUCUGGGGAACAUGCUGGUGAUUCUGGCACUUUGGACCAGUAAAAGCAUCCGGCAACCCACCUUCUGUCUGAUCGUCUCUCUGGCUGUGGCAGACUUUCUAGUCGGCUGUGUGACCGUACCGAUGGCUGUGUUGGUGGACGGACGGGUUGAGACUUCAUUCCACUCUUGUCUCUUCAUCAGCUGCCUGGUUAUUCUCUUCACCCAGGUUUCAAUUUUGUGUCUCACAGCGAUUGCUGUUGACCGCUACCUGCGGGUGUACAUCCCUCUGAGAUACAAAAGGACCAUGACAUUGAGACAUUCUCGUCUUGUGGUUGCAGCUUGCUGGCUUGUUGCACUGCCUCUGAGUUUCGCCCCCAUGUUUGGAUGGCCCAACCCCAAAACUGUAUCGCAGUCUGCCAAUUCUACACUUGUCUGCCAGUUUACUGCUGUUAUCCCCAUGUCAUACCUGGUUUACUUCAGCUUCUUCUUCUGUACCUUAACACCACUGCUGGUGAUGACUUUCCUGUACAUCUGUGUCUUCUACACUAUUCGAGGAAGCCUUAAAGAUAAGCCAGGUAACAAUGCUCAAAAACAGACUGAAAUCUACUUGAAGAAGGAGAAACAGCUGGCUAGGUCUCUGUCUCUGGUCUUGGCCUUGUUUGCUGUAUGCUGGAUCCCCCUCAACAUAAUGAACUGUAUGACUUACUUUGGCAAGGAGGAAGAUGUACCAAGAGCAGCUAUUUAUGUUGGCAUCCUGCUUACUCAUGUAAACUCAACUGUCAAUCCAAUUGUGUAUGGGUUCAAAAUACAAAAGAUCAGGACCGGUUAUGUGGCCAUCUGGAAGUGGUGUUUUGCUCGAGCGCCAUCUAAUCAAGUCUCUCACAAAAGUCCAGUGACAGACAGCAGCCCUUGCAACGACUUUACCACCGUCACUAACAACGAGUGAGAACAGAUUUCCUCUUUUGUCAAAGACUGGCAUUUUUUUCAAACUAUUUGCUGAAUACUCCAAUAAAAUAAUACAAAUCUCAAAAACUCAUUUUUGCUAAGUAUUUAGUGCUUUCUGUUUCCCUCCAAAAUUUCCAUAAUAUAACAGUGCAUAUAUCCAGUGGCUAUUGUUGCUUAUGUUAAUACACUGUCGAGUAUUAUUAUAUCAUGA